GAGUAAUGUUGUUAUUUAUUUUCAAUAAAUAAAAAAAUUUAUUAAGUUCGACCUAGUUUAUUGGUUGUCAGUAGCAUUAGUCUUGGAAAGUUUACCCGGUUUUAUUUCAUUCCUGGAAGCCAAAAGAGAAACUAAAAACACGGGUUGUAUGUCUAUAUGUACGCAGUAGGGGUGUACAAGUUAGAAUCUAAAAUUAAUGGGACGAAAAAAUCGUUAAAACAAGCACCCCUUUCACGGUGAGUAACAAACGUCGACUAAAGCUCAAAUGUUUUAGUAAUUUACAACCGAUGGUACCCAUUCAACAAUGAUAAUUGUAAUUGCUCAAUCGCGUUUUAAUUUUACUCUCUUUUUUCCCGAUUUUCCAAAUAAAAGGUAAUUUUUAGAUAAGAAUAUAUAUAUAUUUUUUUAACAUUGCUAAACAACUUCAAGUUUAAGUGUAAUAAAUAAAAAUAAUCAGACAGCCAUAUCGUGAACAAUUAUCCGCGAACGCUAUCGCGGGCAAUUAGUUUUAUGAGAUAUAACCUGACGUAAAUGGGAAACAACAAAGAAAUUAGUAACAAACAAGUAACGGUAAUGGCGAAAGCUUGGAUAAAUUCUUCAAUAAUACUUAUUUAUUUAAUUAAUUGGUGUGAUAAUGGGAGUUUUGGUCUUCCGGCAAGUCCACAAGUCAUAACACCGCUUGGAAAAAUAACAGGAAUGCAAAUGGUCUCACGUCGCGGCAGGAAUAUCAAUGCAUUUUUGGGAAUUCCAUUUGCUCAACCGCCCAUCGGGCCUCUUCGAUUCAAAAAUCCAGAACCAGUUAAGCCGUGGAUUGGAAACUUAAUGGCAAUUAAUGAAGUCCCGGUUUGUGGUCAGCGAGAUGAGUAUGAAAAUUUCCUCAUGGGUCAGGAGGACUGUCUAUAUUUAAAUGUUUAUUCACCAAAUAUAAAUCAGGAGGAAAAUUUACUGCCAACGAUGGUUUAUAUACACGGAGGUGCUUUUCAAAGAGGAGACGCUAAGCCGGAAUCUCUCGGGCCAAAUUAUUUACUGGAUAAAGAUAUAGUAUUAAUAACAGUUCAGUACCGACUGGGUGUUACCGGAUUUCUGAGUACGGGUGACGCAAGUGCACCAGGCAACUUUGGAUUAAAGGAUCAAGCUCUUGCAUUAAAGUGGGUACAAAAAAACAUUAAAUAUUUUGGCGGGAGCUCAGAUAAUGUUACACUAUUUGGACAGAGCGCAGGUAGUGUCAGUGUCAAUUAUCAAGCUCUUUCAAAAACUACUAAAGGAUUAUUCCAUCGAUAUAUCACCCAAAGUGGUAGUUCACUUUGUCCAUGGUCUUUCGCAAACUCAACUAGUUACAAGAGUUACGCUUACAAACUUGGAGCGAUAUUUGAGUGCCCAAAUACAACUUCCCAAGAACUAAUAGAAUGUUUAAGGCAGGUUCCUUACUAUAGUUUAUUUACUGAUGAUAUAUUUGGAGGUAUACAACAACUUGCGUUGGUUACUUGGGUACCCACAGUUGAGCCAGACAUCGAAGGUGCAUUUAUAACCGAACAUCCUCUUCAAAUAAUUCUCAGUGACAAAAUUCAAGACCUUCCCAACAUCAGCGGGGCUGUUAAAAAUGAAGGAUUAGUUCUUACCACAGUUUUAUACGCUAAUGAAACGUUGUACCAUGAAAAAGUCGGCGACGUAAACGAAUUAUUACACUUUGUGACUAGCUCUUACGUCACUGGUGGCGAUGCAGAUAAACUAGCUAAUAAUUUGUUUAAUUUUUAUUUUGAUGGUAUUGAUCUCGAUGAUAAAAAUCAGGUUCUUCAAAAGCUGACAGAUUUAAUUGGUGAUAUUUCAUUUCUGUUUCCGGAAAUGCUGCAACUUCAACUUGUGAGCAACCGAAUGAAGCAGCCCUCGUAUUUUUACACCUUUGAGUAUCGAGGAACUUUUAGUAAAACUUCACUGUUGUUGGAAAAUAAUGACAACAUAGGGGUCAUUCAUGCUGAUGAGCUUAUUUAUUUGUUCCCUUUCACUCCUGAGUAUUUUCGGCUACCGGAUCUCGAGAUGAGUCAAGAAGACGAAAAAAUGAUUGACAUUCUUGUCGAUUUGUGGACAAGCUUUGCAAUUUAUGGAGAGCCAAGGACAAAUUUUAAUGGAGAUAAAAGUAUGUGGAAACCUUAUUCAGAUAAUUUUUUCCACUUACAAAUAGGCUCUGAAAACGAACCGGUUUUACUGAAGAAUCAUCAUUUCUUGGAUGGUCGUAUGCAUUUCUGGGCGAUGGAAAUAUUAAAAAUUUUACUUUUCUGACCUGGUCAUUUAUCAAAUAUCAAAUGUUAUUAAUUGUCCAGGGUUAAUUUGUUAGAAAUUUUCACUGAUUUAUCAGAUUUUUUAUUAAAAACUACGCAAAAAAAAAAAACGCUUUUUCUUUCAUCAAUCAUUCAUUUAAUUAAGUGAUUAAACGGAGCACUCCAUUCGAUUUAAAUAAUGUAUCAAAUGGAUGGUUCUUCAAAAUAUUCAAGAAAUAAAGUUUAGUUUCUGAAACAAUAAAUUAAAAUGAGUUUGCAGAACUAAAAGUGGCCAUAAAAGUUUUAAUUUUAUAAAAUUUAAACUUUUGACGGUCGACAAUGAUUUAAUUAUUUAUUUAU